AUGCUGGCGAAUAAUACACAGCAGAAACAGAUUAUUCUUCCUGUAUAUCCAGUGAUUAUAUCGGGACAAAAAAUUAAUACGUCUGGAGCUGGUCAGACUGUCAUAGGAACAAUAGAGCAACCUCAAAAAUGUCAUUUGUGCCAAAAGGAUUUUCCAUCAAUGCUCGCAUUCCAAAAUCAUGUAAAGGAACAGCAUUUAGACGGAAAAAUGUAUAGAAAUAUAAUUGCGGUAUCGACUGCCAGUAUAAAUCCCGUAACUACAAUGAUUCCAGCACAAAUGGCAACUGUGCAACAUCAUUAUCAAAUAGCAGCAAAUAAUGCUGUAAAACUCGAAAAGGACUUCCAAAAUAAUAAAAGCCAAACAAUAUUACACACAUCUGAUGUGUUAAAGCAAGCAUAUCCGAGUGACUUCACCACAGUCAAUGUGACACCUGUUAUACAGCACAUUCAAAUUCAACAGCAACAGUCACAUCAUCACAGAGAUAAGGAAAAAUCAAAUAUUCUUCAAAUUGUAAAACAAAAUCCUGUCGAAUAUCAUAUUCAACAGCAAGAGCAUGCAGCUAUGGUUGUGGCACAAAUGAAUCAAAAGUCUGGAAUUUCGAGUCCAUUUUUAAGUAGCACAAUAAAAUAUGAACUUCAUGGACAGCCGGUUCAGCUUGUAACAGAAGUAUAUCCACAAAUGAUAACCGAGACAGCAAAAUCAGAUGACAUGAAUUCACAGUCGUCAGUGUCCUCCCCAGCAUCCUCAAUUAAUGUCCAAAAUUCUACAUCUGGACCAGUUCUAAGUAAUGGCGAAACGAUGGAGAAGCAGCACAAAUGCCUAAUAUGUGAUAAAUUCUUUACGACUAUUGCAAAUUUAAAUCUACAUCUUAGAAGUCAUUCUGGUGAUAAGCCCUACAAAUGUACAAUUUGUGGUAAAGGCUUCAUUCAGAGCAACAAUUUAUCAACUCACAUGAAAAUUCAUACUGGCGAAAAGCCCCAUGAAUGCUCGAUUUGUGGCAAGCGAUUUUCGCAAUCAAAUAAUCUUAAAACACAUUACCGAACUCAUACUGGCGAACGUCCCUAUUCCUGCAGUCUCUGCGACAAGUCAUUUAAUCAAAAGAACAAUUUAACGACUCAUCUGCGAACCCAUUCAGACUACCAUCCAUCAAGCUGCAGUAUGUGCAAGCAAACAUUUUCAUCAUUCAAUGAGCUAUUUAAUCACAUGAGACAGCAUACUGAGGAGAAGAAACCACACAUUUGUACUAUACCAGGAUGCAAUAAAGUAUUCAAUAGCCAAAAUGAUCUCACAGAACAUACAAAGCAGCACACAAAUCCUAAGCCAUACAAAUGUGAUAUAUGUCAGAAACAAUUUACACAAUCGAACAAUUUAAAGACUCAUAUCAAAACCCACAUAUAUCAGGAUCCAUUUAAAUGCACGAUGUGCACUAGAUCAUUUCAGGAUCAAGAAGAAUUUACAAUGCACGUACGUGUGCACACUGUAGACAAACCUUACGAGUGUACAUACUGCAAAAAGAAGUUCAUUCAAAGUAAUAAUUUGAAGACGCAUUUACGAACACAUACAGGUGAGAAGCCGUACCGUUGUGCUGUAUGUGGAAAGUCUUUUAAUCAAAAGAAUAAUUUAAAUACGCAUAAUCGUGUACAUACUGGCGAAAGACCAUUCGAAUGUCAUCUUUGUGAUAGGCGCUUUAAUCAAAGCAAUAAUUUAAAUAAACAUUUAAAAACGCAUGGCCAAGAGAAGGAAAUACCGAAAAGUAUGGAGAGUGAGAUGGAGAAGUUGAUGAACACAGUGAUUAUGACACAACAAGACUAA